GCCCGACGCGCUGACUGACGAAAUAAAGCUCGCGACUCCCGCCUUCUUUUUAAAAGAGAAGCCGAAUCGCAUGGCGUCACGGACCGUCAGCCAAUGGCUGGACAUGAAACGGGGGCACGUGACUGUAGAUUACGCCACUCCCAUUUUAAAGGACAGAUGAACGGCAUUAUGGAAAAGUUACCAUGGUAACGACAGAUUGGCUGAGGCAAAGCAACUUGAUUUUAGCCAGUCAAUCCAAAAAAGAGGCAUUUUAUUAAACAUUUACUGAAGUGACAAUAAAUGAAGUAACUAUCGUAGUAAGGUUGGAUUAAUGCGCCAACGAUGUAACGAUGUUUAUUGUGGAAAGAGCUGUACAAUAACUGUGACGUGUGUGGGUUAAUAUUCACCAAUCAGCUGUAGAGCGUCACUGCUUACGUCACUCAUAGAAACGGAGGAAAAAUGGAAGUCAACCACACAAGACCGUAAACAACAGAGGAGCUGACGGCUGGAGAUAAGCAGAUGAAGCUUGUUCCUGUAAAUCUGUGUUAUGAUUAUGCAGAUUCAUAUGUUCUUCAGAAGACCAGUGAUUCAUGAGCUGGCCAGCGGGUCACGCUUCUGUCGGCCUUCACCCGAGUCAAUCCUCUUAUUCCUUCAUCAUCCUCAUCCUCGUUCUCGUGUGUGUCCUGUUUGUUUGUUUAUAUCUGUGGUGAGAGAUAACCAGCGUCUGCAGGUCACCGCCUCAGAAUGAUGUUUGUCUCCAAGCUGUUCAAAGACUUUCAUGGUAUUACUGUCCAAGAAUAUGGAAACACCAUGGUGUGAUUUGUUAGUGUGCAGACCAGUGUAACUGCAGAGCAGGACACAGUCACUGAAACCAGCCUGUUAUAAGAGAGUGUGUGUAGGAGCUUCACAGUGCUGUCACUUCAUCUGAUCUGAGUUUGUGCUUCACAUCCAGAGCGUCUUCCAUCUUUAUGAAGGUCAGCGGACAGUAAAUCAGGGAUUACAUCUCAGGAAAACACCACAACACAUGCAGACGCUCAGACACGACAGCAGAUCCCGUCUGGCUGCAGUGGUUUGUCUCUUCAGAGAGGAGCGCUGAUCUCCAGACAGGAGUGUGUGAGACUCUGAGACGCUGCCUUCAUGUUCUCAUCAGGAUCACCUGACGCACUGAUGUAUUGCUUUGGAAGUGAGGAAGUGGUCUUUGCUCCAUCACCAAAGCCAGAGGACUUGAACAGAGAGUCUGUCUCAUACCCGUCACCAGGAUUACCCAGAAGCCCUUUCACCAGCACAGUGUUUGAUGGCAUGGGCAGUUCAGAACUCUGGAGCUCAGCCAAUGGCAGCAGCCCGUCAGCUCAGGAAGGCAUGCUGGGAAAUUCAGCACAGGCUGGGAACUGUGGAGACCUGGCGUCACACGAGCGGCUGAACACGUGGCUGCAUUCAGACGGCACUAAAUGUCUCCCAUCGAUGUCCUGCUUCCACCGAGGCAGAAGCACAGCCGCGUCUCUCUCCUCACCUGUAGGAGGCGCCGAGUGCUGCACAGCAGGAGCCAAUCACUGCCCACAACCCACUGGAGUGACAUCACUGCUGGCCAAUUACGAACCUGCGCUGGUUGAGGACCGGCUGGACGAAGCCAUCCAUGUCCUGCGCAAUCACGCGGUGGGUGUGACCAAUGCUGACCUGACCAAUGAUCUGCGCAGCCUGUUCGGACAGACGCCCCACGGCCCAAUCGCAUCCAAAGCUGGCUCAAUGGCCAGCAGAUCGUCAGCAGUUAGCGAGUCGGCCGCUCUGGCGAUACACUCGUCUGUCUCUCAGCCCGCUGCGGACCUGACCAAUCAGAGUGACCUUUGCAAAGGGCUGAUAUCCCAUGAUGCCUCAGUGUCUCUGCAGCUGAAGUCAGAAGUGUCUGAGGUGGAGGAGCUGCUGAUGCGUCAUGUGACCCGCGUCUCCUCUGAUGAUGCGAGCGACACUCGAACAGCCGCCGGCGACACUGGGACCAGGACGAGCAGCAGUGUUCAUGAGGACGAGGAUGUGAGUCCGGAGCAGAAGGCCGAGCGGGAACGCGAGCGGAGGAUGGCGAAUAACGCCCGCGAGCGGCUCCGUGUGCGCGACAUCAACGAGGCGUUUCAGGAGCUCGGCCGCGUGUGUCAGAUUCACCUGAAGAACGACAAGCCACAGACCAAACUGCUGGUCCUGCACCAGGCCGUCGACGUCAUCCUGAGCCUGGAGCAGCAGGUCAGAGAGCGCAGUCUGAACCCAGUGUGUCUGCGCAGGACAGAAGAGCUGAAAUCCUCCAGCGUGAGUCUGAACCUGCAGUACAUGAUCCACGACUUCCAGAACAACAUGCCAGGACAUCUGUGACGGACACGUGUGUGUGUGUGUGUGUGUGUGUGUGUGUGUGUGUGUGUGUGAGUUUGUGAUAAACACUCCAGUUCCCGUAUGAAGACGUCUCGUCUGUGUUUCUGCUGAGCUGGUGUUGAUGUUCCUGCAGUGUUUAUUUACUCACACAAACACUCGGACAAACCUGUUCCUGUCGGAGUCUGUAAGCGUUUUCCACUCUCAGGAUCUGUCGAUCUUUCAGACUCGCUGUGUGUGUGUGUGAAGCAGAGAUGAUGCUGUAGUGACGUUUCAUCUGCGUCAACAAAUGAAAUGUUGGUUUAGUUAUGUCUCUUCAUCUUGUGACAGAUUCAGUUUCUGUUAGUGCAGCUCAACACGUCCUUCAUAUGAAAGCAGAUGUUCAUUUUGUCUCUCUCUUUCUCUUGCUUAAAGACUGUUUUUUAAAUCUCUUUUUAUUACCAAUGGCACAUUUAAUACAUUCAUCAGAUGUAAAUGUUUUCUUAGAGUUUUAAAAUAAAGUUUAUUUGGUAAUUGA